AUGUCAGAGGAUAUAGUGAAUAUGUUUGUAUCUAAAUAUGGAUCUGGAGAUACAAAUAGAAAUUAAUUACUAUAGUAAUCUAUUUAGAAGGUCUUAAUUAAAGAGGGACCAGAUUCUUAGGUCUUAACGAAAUUAAGAUAAAAACUUGGUUAAUCUUAAUCACAAUAAUAAUUUUUUCCAACUUUGGGUAAUGGAGAAUCUUCCUAACCUAAUAAGACACCUAUUGAUUCAUAGAGAAAAAACUUUGAACCAUUUACAAAACGUGUGCAGCCAUUCCAAAGGACUUACUUAAAAUCAUUUGAUUAAGUUUCUGAAACUUCUGAAAAACCACCUAAAUCAGUUUACUAUGUAGAUCGAUAAGAUGUAACAUUCAUACUUAAUUAAAGGAGGAUGAAUGGGCUGCUCUUAUGAAAUUUGAUGCGUAACUGUACUAAAAAGAAUAGGAGAGAAAAAAGGAAUUACUUUAAUAAAAAAAAGCUUAAAUGAAAAAGGAAUUAGAUAUGCAAUUGAGAAUAAAAUAAGAGAGAAAGUAAAAAGAAAAGGAUUUAGAAGAAAAAUAUAAUAAAUUUCAAAGCGAAUUAUUACAAAAGAAAAAUGACUAAGAAUUAGAAAAAUAGACUUCUGCAAAAAAUAAAUUAUUUCAUUUGUAAUCAGAUAGAGAUGUGUAAUUGAAUAACAAAAAAAAGAAAUAACAUACUGAAGAUAAAGAAUAGUAAAAUUAUAAAAAAGAGAUCAGCAAAAGAUAUCAAGAUGAAUUAUAAAAAUAGAUUGAUGAAGAAAAUAGAAUAAAAUUAAUGAAGAGAGAAUAUAUGUUUAAAGUAAUGAAAUAAUCAGAAGCAGAUAAAAUGGUAAUUAUGUAAAAAUAAAAAGAAUAAGAGAAAUUAGAAUAAGCAAAUUGUGAGAAGUAUUUUAUAUAUAUAUUAUAAAUAGAUAUGGAGAAUUACUUGAUUAAAUUGAAUAGAGAAGAAUAGAAGAAAACAGAAAAAAGAAAGAGAAGGUUGAUAAAAAUAAUGCUUGGAGUGAAUCAUAAUUAUUAAGAUAUAAAUUAGAAAAGGAGGAUGAUGAUAAACUUCUAUAUUGGAAAUAAAUAGAGGAAUAGAAAUUUUUAGAAGAAGAAUAGAAGAAGAAAAAUAGAGUAAAUGAACUUAAAUAAAAGACAAUUUAAUCAUUGGAAUAAUCUAUUAAACUUAAAUAAAUAAAGAAGUUAUAAGAAAAAGAAUUAGAUAAUCUUUAAGGAUAAAUAUGGAAGGAAGAUACACAAAGAUUCUUUUAAGAAGAAUAAGAUAAAUUAGAUUCAAUUAAAAAAGUCAAAAUUGAACAUAAAAAAAUAUUAUAAAAAUAAAUGUAAGACAAAAUCAAACCAGAAAGGGGAGAAAAAAUGAGUAUACCUGAACUUUUACAAAACAAAACAAUUUUGAAAACUAUUAAAUAGUAAGACAUUUAUGAUUUAGAAAAAACAGUUGUUUGA